AUGUCCCCUCCUGCACCAAAGAAUGUCAAUCUUCCCAACGACAUCGAGUAUAUUCCCACUCCACCACCCCAGCCCUCGGCCUUCACUGCCGGCGACCACCACCAAAACGGUGGAGUUGCCCUAACCACGUCCCCCGCCCUUCACAACCCGCCGCUACCCGUUGACGGACCUGGCAAUGAAUCCUUCUCCAAUCUCUGGUUGAUCAGUGCUCUAGUGGGAGUCCCCGCGCUCCUGACAUGGACAAUCGGUGGAGGGAUGAAGACCGGAGUGUGCCUUGGUCUGGUCACUCUAUUCCCCAUCCUCAUUGCCUUCUGGACCUGGACCUCGAGCUGCAGCCCUCCUACCAACACCAAAGUCAAAUUACCCGGUCGGCCCAUCGAACAAUAUGUCACCUUCAAGAAGGAAGCGGAUCGGGCCAAAUGGCACGGUCGGAACAAAGUGCCUUUGCAAACCUUUUGCGAGAUGUAUCUCGACGGUGAGGUCGAUUUCAACGGCGAUUGUCUAGAUGUCAUGGAGUACCGCCACGACUGGGCCAACUUUCGGUUUACCUGGGAGCUAUUCAAGUAUAUCCUCCUGACCUUCGCCCGGGACGUCCUCUUCCACACCAAGUCGCAGGAUGAGGAACAAAUUCGGCCCAACUACGACCGCGGGAAUGACCACUACGCCUGGUUCCUCGGUCCCCGGAUGGUCUACACUUCGGGGAUCAUCUCCGAUCCAGACCGAGAGGAAACCCUGGAGGAAAUGCAGGAUAACAAGAUGGCGAUUGUCUGUGAGAAGCUCGGUCUCAAGGAGGGGGAGACGAUGCUCGAUAUCGGUUGUGGCUGGGGAACCCUCGCCAAGUUUGCGAGUCUCAACUACGGGGCCAAAGUCACCGGUCUCACCAUUGCGCAGCAUCAGACGGCUUGGGGGAAUGAGGCACUUCGGGCCGCCGGGGUUCCCGAGGCCCAGAGUCGGAUUCUUUGCAUGGACUAUCGCGAUAUUCCCCGGACCCAGUACGACAAAAUCACCCAGAUCGAAAUGGGCGAGCACGUCGGCGUUCGCAAGCUAUCCACCUUCUUCCGUCAGUGUUACGACCUGCUCAAGGAUGACGGGGCCAUGUAUGUUCAGCUCUCGGGCCUACGGCAGGCGUGGCAGUACGAGGAUCUCAUUUGGGGCCUGUAUCUGAACAAGUACAUUUUCCGCGGCGCCGAUGCCUCGACCCCGUUGUGGUAUUACGUCCUGGCCAUGGAGCGGGCCGGAUUCGAGAUCAAAAGUAUCGAUACCGUUGGGGUGCACUACUCGGGCACUCUCUGGAGGUGGUAUCGGAACUGGAUUGGGAAUGCGGAGACAAUCAAGGCCACGUAUGGUCAGCGAUGGUUUAGAAUAUGGGAACUGUUUCUUGCUUGGUCGGUCAUUGCUUCUCGCCAGGGCAGUGCCACUUGCUACCAGUUUGUGGUGGUGAAGAACCUUAACUCGACCCACCGCAUCAACGGAGUCUCGUCGCAGUUUGGAUUAUCGGCUGCAUUGGCUGCCAGCAGAAUGGCGGGCAAGUCGAGACUACCGUGA